AUGCCUGGUCAUGAGAAGCACGCGACUAAGAAGGGGCCACGAUUCAGCGGGCGCAAGCGAGGGGCAGCGAUUCUUGAAAGUGACCACGUUGACAAAGACACGAGCACUGCCGGCUUCCCGAGAGAAGCAGACGAUGGCAGAAAAAGAGUCAGAUGGGGUAGCGAAGUCGAACAGAACGAUGAAGACGAGCCGUCCGAUGAUGAUGAGGACUCAUCUACACCUCAGAAGGCAAGCAGUUUCACAUUGGCUAUAUGUCUGACCACGUGCUGUCAAUUCGGGAGACUAGCUGGCGCACAUUAUGACCCGCUCCGAUCAACGAUUUACGUUCUAGAAGAUACGCCAGACAAUGGGCAUUUUGACAUGGCUCAGACACUCCUUGACCAGGUUAAUCCUGAUAUCAUCCUGACCAACUCCAAGACGGACGACAACUACAUGGAUCUACUUCGCAGUGCAAUGGACAAUUCCGGAGGAGUAUUCCAGAUCAGACCUCACAAAGAUUUUACUUCGGCCAAAGGUCGAGACCGGUUGCUGUCAUUGCAGUUCCUCUCGGAACUCUCAAUGGAAGAUGAUGUCCGCAGCGCACAAGACAGUGACUCUUCGGCGUCGGACGCGAGAAACGCUUACAAUUUUAUGAGGCGGCGCAGAGAUAUCACAGGCGAUCCGCUGAUGAAGAAGUGGAACGCAUCUAUACGACUGUGCAAUUUUGCGAGCCUUGACACCUCUCCCCUUUGCCUGGCUUGUAUCGGUGCCUUGAUAGAUCACCUCGUCCGUGAGCGGGCGAUAAGUGAGCUAGAAGAUGAAGGCAUCGGCGGAUUGGAUAUCCGCGGUAUAGAGCCUGUAGCAUUGGAGGAGGUCAUGCAGAUAAAUGCAGAUGCAUUAUACUCCUUACAGAUCUUCGAAAACGAAAGUCACGCAUCUAUCCACUCGGAUAAAACCAAAGAGGGUUUAUCUCUGUACGGGAUUCUAAACAACACCAAGACAAGUCUAGGACGCUCUCUCCUCCGUACCUGGUGCCUACGUCCGUCCUUGUCGCUUGAAACUAUAAAUGCUCGGCAUGAUGCUGUGGCUUGCUUUUUGAGACCGGAAAAUCUGGGUACCGCUAACUCGAUGCAUAAUCUCCUUAAAGGUAUAAAGAACGUACCGAAGAUCCUUUCCAGCAUGAAAGCUGGGAAAGCAGGCAUAUCCGAGUGGCAAUGUUUAGUCAAGUUCACAUUCUACUCCGCGUUACUGAGGGACGCGGUAUCGGAACUAUAUCAGGGAACAACGGCGCCCAUCGUAUCGAAGCUCAUAGCCGCCCUGGACAUCUUCAACUUUCGUGAAGUGGGCACUUUAGUCAACGAUACAAUCGACUGGGAGGAGUCCACCAGUGCCGGCCGUGUGUGUGUUCGAGCAAAUGUCGACGAAGAUCUGGACAACCGCAAGAGAAUUUACCAUGGGAUUGACGAUGUCUUGUCAAGGGUUGCCGAACAGAUAUGCCAUACAGUGCCACCGGAUUACGCUACGUCCCUGAACGUAGUAUACUUCCCACAACUAGGCUUCUUGAUAUGUAUUCCUAUGCUGGAGCAAUGGAAGAAUAAUGAAGAAAUCACUGAGAUUGAAGGAUGGAGCUUCCAAGUCAGUUCCAAUGCGCAUGUAUACUUCAAAUCCAAAGAAAUGCAUGACAUGGAUACUCACAUUGGCGACUUGCAUUCUGCUAUCGUCGACCGGGAAAUCGAGAUCGUCCAAGUGCUGCUGGAGAAGAUCUUACCACACUACGACAUUAUGGCUAAAGCGUGCGACACUUGCGCGGAGCUAGAUUGCCUCUUGUCUUUCGCGCAAGCUUCUCGAGCAUUCGACUAUCGGCGGCCUCGAAUGACUGACAAGAACAUAGUCGACAUCAAGAUGGGAAGGCACCCUCUACAGGAACAAGUUGUCGAUACCUUCGUGCCCAAUGACACACUGCUAGUUGGAGGACUGGGCUUGGGAGUGCCGAGUUGUACUAGUGAGGUAUCUGACGAUGAUACAAUGGAGGAUGAGAGCUCUAGCGUGCAUAGCGUGCUCGUCUGCACGGGCGCAAAUGCUUGCGGAAAGAGCGUCUACCUGAAGCAGGCGGCCUUGAUCCAAUACAUGGCACAAGUACGUCGCUUUGUUCCUGCUGAAGCUGCGAAACUUGGCGUCGCGGACAAAAUCUUCACAAGGAUCCAGACGCGAGAAUCUGUAUCAAGAGUCCAAUCUGCUUUUAUGAUCGACCUCAACCAAGUGUCUGUGGCUCUCCGGAAUUGUACCAGCCGAUCCUUAAUACUGCUAGAUGAGUUUGGCAAAGGGACUGUCCAUACAGACGGCGCUGGGCUGCUCUACGGCGUCCUAAAGCACUUCAUCAACUCUGGCGCUGAUUGUCCUAAAGUACUGGCGACGACGCACUUCCACGAGCUGUUCGCCGAGAAUCUGCUGGAUCCCCACUCCCUUCCUAUCACCUUUGUCCACAUGCAGGUCAUGAUCACUUCCAGCAGCGGUGAGAUCCUCGAAGCAGGAACGCCGGACGAGACCAAGGACGAGGACACCCAGGAUUUAAGAAUGGUUGGUCCUGGAGAGAAGAUUACGUAUCUUUAUAGAGUUGCCCAGGGACUCGCGCUCGAUUCCCAUGCCGCGAAAUGCGCCGAAAUAUUCGGUGUUCCCCGUCGAGUAGUGCAGAGAGCACAAUACGUGACACAGCUCCUCUCGACCCAUUCGUUGGGAAAGUUGCUUGACGAGGACAUGACGGAGGCGGAGCGCGCGGAUCUCGAAGAGGCGGAGGCCGUCUGCCGCAGAUUCCUGGCAUGGGACUUUACGGAGCGCGACCCGGCUAGGAAGGGGAGCGUCAAGGAGAGACUAGCGGAAGUGCUCGGGAAGCCCCUCGAAGAGGAAUGA